AUGAUCUCUGUUGCUGGCAACGGCAAGAACAUCCUCUCCGCUCAGUAUGGAUCGACCAACGUGCACGAGGGCCAGGAGAUCAAUUUCGAUACCACAUAUGCUGGAAGCGUGUCGACCAAGGGCUUCUGUGGCACUGAUUGUUGCGAGAAGACGGGAUGGGAGUGGCAUGUGUGCUCCGAGGUUUAG